AUGGCGAGGCAAACCUGCAGAAAAAAAAAAGGGGGCAUCUCACCAGCAUCUUUCAGCAUAACGCACAGCAGCUGCCCCUGGCUCACUGCAGCGUCUGCGGCGACGCCCGACGCGGCGAUCCCGGUCUACUGCAUGGCAUGGCCCGAAAACGAUCGACCCGGCCGCACUUGA